AACGAUCGCCGUUGCUCAGUUUGAUCGGAUUCAACUGCAAAGUCUCUGCUUUAGAGAAGAAUAAUGCAAAAAAUCGUGUUCUUCGGUGGUACCGGCAUGACCGGCCAGUGUGCAGUACGAUACGCCCUCAAGAAAGGUCUAACCGUCCGAUUGCUGGUACGCAACGAAGCGACCGUUCCGGAAGAUUUCAAAGAAAAGGUCGAACUGGUCAAGGGUGAUGUAACGGAUGUGGCGGACGUGCGGAAGGCCGUCGCCGGUCAGGAGCUGGUAUGCGUGGUGCUCGGUACACGCAACGAUCUCAAACCAACUACGGCCUUGUCGGAUGGUAUUUCCAACAUUAUCACAGCCAUGAAGGAAGCGUCGCUGAAGCGCUUUUCCGUCUGUCUGUCCUCGUUUCUGUUCAUGGAACCGGACAAGGUACCGGCGAUUUUUGUCAACAUCAAUGGAGAGCACCGCCGCAUGCUGGAUACGGUGAAGGGUUGUGGUUUGGAGUAUCGAGCGGUACUGCCGCCCCACAUCGCCGAUGAGCCUCAGGCAAAGUUUGAAACCGCGUACGACAAAUCGCCCGGCCAUUCGAGGUCCAUCUCGAAGCUCGAUCUUGGCCAGUUCCUGGUGGAUUGUCUGUUCGAUGAGGCACACGCGGGCAAGGUUAUCGGCAUUUGUACGGUGAAGUGAUGCACUCGAGAUGGUUUGGGAGUAGUAGCGUUGCUCUUGAAAACUUUGUUCUUUGCACGAAAUAUAAUCCACCUCACUUGAG